GUUGCCGACUUCUUGACGUUUGGGAACAGCCUGCAAGUCAAGGGUAUGCAGCUUCUGGACUCCCUACUCUGCAGAUAUGGUAACAUGGACUUAGGCGGCAUACUCACCGUUGCGGAUGACCUCCUCAAAAACGACGGCAAGCGUUUCAUCGAAAUGAUGGAGCAGCUCGCCGAGCGCCGCAUG